AUGUCAACAGUUUGGUUUUCUUUAAAAAAAUCAUUCCACUGCAAAACGGAUUCUUCAGCAGUCCACGACCCGAAAUCCAAGAACCAUUUAUCCACCAUCUUGACCCGAAAACCAGGCAGAUGCGGUUGUUCAAGAUCCAUUGCAAAUCUCAAAGAUGUCAUCAAUGGCGGAAGCAAGCGGCAUUCUGAAAAUACAGUCAAUUGCAGUCCAAGAUCUAUCGGAAGUAGCGAUUUUCCAAAUCCCAUUACCCAUGAAGUAAUUCUCAAUAGUUCAAAAUGCGAGCUCAAAAUCACCGGAUUUAAUGGAGGCGCCACCGCUGAUGGAUCGACAUUUGUGGGUACUUUAUUGCCCGGCACACCAAGUCCCUGCGCUAACCCCGCAAUGCAUUUCAAGAAAACGCCAUCAAGAAAGAUGAUAGAAAGAGAUGGGAAUGGAAUCGGAAUUGGGAAUUCCGGUCAUUUAGGUGUUUUCGGGAAGAACAGUGCACUUGUACAAAAAACUAGACACUCAUCUGAUAAAGAAUCCGAAGAGUUUUCCGGCGAGGGAGUCACGUGCCAUAAGUGUGGCAAGCAGUUUGGCAAAUUGGAAAAUCUAGAAGCUCAUCAUCUAUCCAAACAUGCUGUUACAGAACUUAUGGAGGGUGAUUCCUCGAGAAAGAUAGUGGAAAUCAUUUGUCGUUCGAGCUGGAUAAAGUCCGACAAUACCUCCGGUAGAAUCGAGAAGAUCUUGAAGGUCCACAACAUGCCAAAAACCCUAGCUCGAUUCGAAGAGUAUCGAGAAUCAGUGAAAACGAAAGCUAGCAAAUUACCCAAAAAACACCCUCGUUGUCUCGCCGACGGGAACGAGUUACUCCGUUUCUACGGCGCCACAAUCGCUUGUUCACUAGGCAUCAAUGGCGCCUCCUCGAGUCUGUGUGUAUCGGAUAAAUGUUGCGUUUGUCGGAUUAUACGAGACGGGUUCUCGACGAAACGGGAAAUCAAGGGCGGGAUCGGCGUUUUCACGACUUCGACUAGCGGCAGAGCUUUUGAAUCGAUUGAAGUGGUUGAAGAAGGGCCGGAUACACGGAAGGCGUUGAUUGUGUGCAGGGUGAUCGCCGGGAGGGUUCACCGGCCGCUAGAGAACAUCCAAGAAAUGGCGGGGCAGUCGGGGUUUGAUUCGUUGGCCGGAAAAUUAGGACUUUAUUCCAACAUCGAGGAGCUUUAUUUGCUUAGUCCCAGAGCUCUUCUCCCUUGUUUUGUGGUGAUUUGCAAACCUUAAUCAAACAAAAUGUUCAAUCCUUUUUUCAU